GGGGCGAGCGAAAGUUUCUGACGAUGAGGCUCGGCGGCUGACAAGAUAUUAUAGCGGGUAGGGGAAGUCGUUCAGUUACGUCGUGAGAAACUAGCCGUCGAAGGGAAGGGAAGGGCUGCCGGCGGUGUCGGCGGGAUGAGGGGGCGGAGCUGAGCGGAGAGGAGAGGGUUUGGAAUGGGUCGGAAUGGAAGACGACGACGACGACGACUAGUAGCACCAGUCCGAGAAGAGGUAGCAAGCGUAAAGCCGAAAGGCAAAGGUCCAUCGAAGCCGCGCUAACGCAACGUAAGGAAGCAUCGCACGAACUACAAAACUGUGCGUGGUUCGCGCAACGAUCCAGUUGUUACGAAUAAUUUACAAUUAGAGUUGUCUUCGAUCGAACGUGUUUCGUUAUUUAAAAUUAUUGUGACGCGCGCACGCGUUCUGCCGCACAGGUUUACCUGAUUUCCUGCUAAAUAUUGUGUGUGCAAAAAUUUCAAAUAAAUACGUAUGUACCUGCAAUAAUCAUAUAUUUUGUUUUUCUCUCUUUCUCUUGUGUUUCUUCUUCGCUUUUUCUCCCUCGUUUUUCUAAUCUGCCUUGUUUAAAACUGUGUCAACAGUCGCGACGACGUGAAAACUAGAAAGGUAGGAAAAAAAGGGAAAAGAAGCAAGGCUGUUUACAGAACAAGAGACUGAGAAUUUAAUUCAAAAUCAAACUUAGGAAAAAUCUAAGUCCAAAUAGGUUUUUCAUUAACGUGUGGUAUCAUUGUGAGAAAUAGUGUGUGUAAUUCACUUUUGUAAGUGCGUCAGGUGAUGACAUUGGGAUCGAUGUAGAGUGCCCUAUUCCAGUCUGGAUUUGGAUAAAAAAAACAAAAUCAACACACAAGGAGGGAAGGUGCGCAGUAUGAGACCAGCGCGGGGCGCCGCGUCGUACCAAAUAAACAGAGCUACGAUUACGACUUCCCAUCGCGGCAUCUCCCACAGAGGGUCGACAGAUACAGGGGUGGUCCAAAUAUUCAGAGAAGAAUGACUCAGAGAGAGGAUGUUUUAAAAUUUGAGCAGGGCCGUAUCAAGGCCCUGCAAGAAGAAAGACUUCACAUUCAGAAAAAAACUUUCACAAAAUGGAUCAACUCCUUUUUGCUCAAGGUGUUUCCGCUGCAGGCGCGGAUGGAAGUCGAGGAUUUAUUCACCGAUCUGGCGGACGGAAAGAAGCUUUUGAAGCUGCUUGAAAUAAUUUCAGGGGAGAGACUAGCUAAACCAAACAACGGCCGGAUGCGGGUUCACAAAAUCGAAAAUGUCAACAAAUCUCUGGCGUUUCUUCACACGAAGGUGCGCUUGGAGAGUAUCGGAGCAGAGGAUAUAGUAGAUGGAAAUCCAAGGUUAAUUCUUGGUCUAAUCUGGACGAUAAUUUUGCGAUUUCAAAUUCAAGAGAUUGAGAUUGAUGUUGACGAAGAAAAUGAAAGCAGUGAAAAGAAGUCCGCCAAAGAUGCACUGUUGUUGUGGUGUCAAAGGAAGACAAAUGGAUACCCGGGAGUCAACAUCCAGGAUUUCACUGGAUCCUGGAGGAGCGGUCUUGGUUUCAACGCACUCAUCCAUGCUCAUAGACCAGACUUGGUCGACUGGUCCGAGUUACAGCAGAACAAGCACAUUGACAAUCUUAAUUCGGCGUUCGAUGUCGCCAAUGCAGAGUUGGGGAUCCCACGGCUGCUGGAUGCUGAAGAUGUUGACACCGCAAGACCUGACGAAAAGUCUAUAAUCACUUAUGUUGCUUCUUAUUAUCACACUUUUGCCAGGAUGAAGAAUGAGAUAAAGAGUGGGAAAAGAAUCGCUAAUAUCGUGGGCCAGAUGAUGGACACAGACAAAAUGAAAGUGCAUUAUGAAAAGUUGACGACCGAUUUGCUGGAGUGGAUAAAAUCAACGAUCACUGUUUUGGAAGACCGUAACUUCCCAAAUUCAUUGGAGGGAAUCCAGCGGGAACUGCUUUCCUUCAAGCAGUACAGGACCGUAGAGAAACCACCAAAAUAUAAAGAAAGAUCAGAAAUCGAGGCUUUGUACUUCCACAUAAACACUCAAUUAAAGUCCUUGAAUCAGCCGGCAUUUACACCUCAAGAAGGGCAGCUCGUUCAUGACAUAGAACGUAAUUGGGUAGAACUAGAGCGAGCUGAACAUCGACGAGAAGUGGCUCUGAGGACGGAAUUACUUCGACAAGAAAGAUUGGAGCAGCUUAACUACAAAUUUGAGAGAAAAAGUGUACUGAGAGAAGGAUACCUGAAAGAAAUGAUCCAAGUAUUGUCGGACCCUCGAUAUGGGAGCAAUCUUGCUCAAGUAGACGCCACGGUGAAGAAGCAUGAAGCAAUUAGCGCGGAUAUCCUGGCUAGAGAAGAGCGAUUCCACGAUCUAACAAACAUGUCCGAUGAAUUAGUCAGAGAGAAUUACCACGGGCUAGAAAGAGUUAAGGCUAGAGAACAAGAGGUACUGCAGAGGUGGAAGGAGCUUCUGGCCCUCCUAGAUCAUCACAAAAUCAAUUUAGCAGCGUUAUGCUCCCUGAUGGGAAUGAUGAGAGAAAUCGACGCUACUUUGGCAACGAUUCAAGAACUUCAAUUGAAUUUCCAGAGCACCGAUGUCGGCCCACAUUUGCUUGGUGUCGAAGAUCUACUCCAGAAGCACAGCCUUCAAGAAUUGCAGGUUACAGCGUUGGGAGAGACUCAAAGGAGACUCGGUCGCCAAGCGACUCAGCAUCUUGUUGCACCGGCCAGCAAAGAGGCGCCGCUGCUUCAGCAGAAACUGGACCACUUGAAUCAGGCCUACGACGAGCUAGUCGAAAAUAGUAAAGAACGUAAAGGCAGACUUGAAGAUGCGAGAAACUUUUAUCACUUCCUUCAAGAUCACGAAGACGAAGAGUCCUGGCUCGUUGAAAAGCAGCGAAUCUGCAAAGCAGGAAUAUCAGCAAAAGAUUUACGCGCGGUGAUAUCGCUUCAACAAAAGCACAAAGUACUACAGGACGAAAUGAAGGCCCGUAGACCGAAGUCCGAACAGCUGUGCAGUGCAGGAAGAAAGCUAAUAUCUGAUAGCCAUCCGUUGUCGCUAGAGAUACAAAACCGUAUUGAUUCUCUGCAGGAGCAUUGGAAAGUUCUAGAAGAAUUGGCCGCAUUAAGGAAGAAACAACUCGAUGGUGCAGCCGAAGCUUAUCAAUUCUAUACAGAUGCAAACGAGGCAGACUCCUGGCUGAAUGAAAAGAUGGCCUUAGUCGCUUCCCAAGAUUAUGGCGUCGACGAGCCAAGCGCUCAGGCGCUUUUACAGAGACACAAAGAUCUGCAGGGUGAAUUGAACGCCUACAAAGGGGACGUACAUUCGCUAAAUACCCAAGCUGACAAGUUGAUCAAGGCGGGAAUUUCCACCCUUGAGUUAUCCGCGGAUCCUGAGCCCGUUGCUGAAUUGGAACAAGAGGAAUGGGGCAAAGAAGUGCGGCUGGUACCACAGGACGAAUGGGUCGAUGAAAUCGUCGAGCGUUUGGAGCCGAGAACGAUAUUAGAAGAUCGAUUGGUGCCUCAGGUUCGAAGUCUCUAUCCCUUCAACGGGCAAGGAAUGCAUAUGGCCAAAGGUGAAAUAAUGUUCCUCUUGAACAAGACAAAUCCGGAUUGGUGGAGCGUGAGGAAAGCUGAUGGUACGGAUGGUUUUGUGCCGGCAAACUAUGUGCGUGAGAUAGAGCCAAAAGUGAUUCAGGUGAAGGUGAAGAGACCCGAGAAAGUAAAGACGACCCAGCGAGUUAAGAAGACUCGAAUGGUGAAGCAGGUGGUUCCGGUCAGGAGGGUCAAGUCUGUAAAGUCUGCCGUUAGACCGAUAAAACGGAAGACAGUUGAUGACAGUGACAGCGUCGAAAAACGUCAGAAGAAAAUAAACUACACCUACAACGAACUGCAGGACCUCGCAGCAAAACGUCACGCAUUAUUAGAGGAUGCGAUCAGACUAUACGGGUUUUAUAGGGAGUGUGACGACUUUGAAAAGUGGAUAAAGGACAAAGAGAAGAUGUUGCGAGCCGACGAUUCCGGUGAUAAUGUGGAGACUGCCAAGAGGAAAUAUGAAAAGUUUUUGACGGACUUAUCGGCCUCAGGUAAACGUGUCGAAGCGAUAGAUGCGGCAGUUCAAGAUUUCGUCAAUCAGGGACAUAGUCAAUUGGACAAAGUGAAAGCGAGGCAGAAGCACAUUCAUCAGCUCUGGGAACAUCUCAACUGGCUCAAAGCCCAGAAAGAAAAAAGCCUCGAAGGAGCUUCCAGUGUUGAAUUGUUCAACAGAACUUGCGACGAGGCUCAUGACUGGAUGCUUGAAAAAAUGACCCAGCUUGAUACUGCCGAACUAGGACCUGAUUUGAAAACAGUUCAAGCUUUGCAAAGAAGACAUCAGCAUCUUGAAAGAGAGUUGGCGCCAGUUGAGGAAAAGGUUCGUCGUGUAAACUUGCUGGCUAACAGUGUUAAAAAUUCUUAUCCCCAUGAACUGAGUAACGUGAAUACUCGUCAAAACGAAAUUCGAGAUCUGUGGCACAAAGUUCAGACCAAAGCCAAAGAGCGUAGAUCGCGUCUGGAAGAUGCAGUAGGCCAGCAAAUCUUUAUGAACAGUUCAAAGAACCUCAUAAACUGGGUCGCUAAUGUCCAAGACGCUAUGAAAGCUGAGGAACCGGUAAGAGACGUGGCGACAGCCGAAAAGCUUAGGAAACAGCACAUGGAACUUGGAGAAGACAUUAAAGCACGGGAGGACGAAUUCAGAGAAGUUGAGGAGCUUGGCAAUCAGCUGCUCCAGCGUAACCCUGGGCUCGUGGAUGUCCGAGAAAGACUGGACAGAUUGAACGGCUUGCAUCAAGGGGUACUGUCUAACUGGAAUACGAAAGAAGAAUGGCUUCGACAGUGUCUGGAGUUGCAACAAUUCAAUCGCGAAUCUGAUCAAAUCGAAGCAACGACAAGUUCCCAUGAAGCGUUCCUAGAAUUCACAGAUUUGGGAGAGACUCUUGAUGACGCUGAAGCUCUGCUCAAACGACAUGAGAAAUUUGAAAAUACGCUUCAAGCACAAGAUGACAGACUGAAAGCUUUCAGCGAUACUGCAGACAAGUUAAUCGGCCAGAAUCACUAUGACAAAGAUUACAUCGCAGAUAGACGAAAUCAAGUAUUGGCCCGUCGAGCAGCGGUAAAAGAUGCAGCUCAACAACGUCGCGCAGCUCUUAAAGCUUCGGAACAUUUCCAACAGUUUUCGGCAGAAGUAGACGAUCUCCGAGGUUGGCUUGGGGAUAAAAUGAAGACUGCAUCUGAUGAAAGUUAUCGUGACUUGAAUAAUUUGGAGAGAAAACUGCAGAAGCAUGAAGCGUUUGAGCGUGAGCUUAGAGCAAACGAAGGACAACUUCGCGCAGUUAACAAAGCUGGAAAAGCAUUAAUUUCCGAAGAAAAUUAUAGGUCCAAUGACGUUGCUAAAACGUUGAAGGAAUUGAACGAUCAGUGGGAGCGCUUAGUCGCUCUUUCGCUUGACAAAGGACGCAGACUGCGACAGGCUGCUGCACAACACGGGUAUAAUCGUACAAUGGAGGAUGCUAGGUUAAAACUCGAAGAAAUUCAAACCUCCUUGCAAAGUAGGCUAGUUGGUACUGAUUUACGAAGUUGCAAAGAACUCCUGAAAAAACACCAGAUUCUAGAAAACGAUAUGAACCAGUGGGAACAGAAGGUUGGAGACUUGGUUGCGAUGGGUGAAGAGAUGGCCCAUGAAGGGCACUUCGACGCUGCGAAUAUUUUGAAGGACAGCCAGGCUACCCAGAAGAAAUUCCACAGCUUGAAAGAACCGGCCCAAAAACGGCGCGAAGCUCUAGAAGAGAGUUUACGCUUCCACAAAUUUGGAUUUGAACUGGACGCUGAGUUGCAGUGGAUCAAUGAUCAUCUCCCGCAAGCGUCUUCAACAACACUUGGGCAAAAUUUGUACCAAGCUCAAUCUCUUCACAAGAAGCAUAAGAAACUUGAGGCGGAAAUUGCCGGUCACCAGCCGAUGAUUGAUAAAACAUUAGCAUCCGGCGCCGCUUUAAUUGACCAAGUUCAUCCUGAACGAAAGAAGAUUCAAGAUCUUUGCGAAGAGCUGGAAGAUGCCUGGAAGGAUUUACAAGAUAAGGCAGAUAUUCGAAGUCGGGCAUUAGACUUGUCGCUGAAAGCUCAAGAGUUCUUUUUCGAAGCUGGAGAGGUAGAAAGCUGGCUUGGUGAGAAAAACGACGUCCUCAGUUCAACAGACUAUGGCAGGGAUCGGGACGCUGCUACUAAAUUACUCACGAAGCACAAGGCUUUAGAUUUGGAGCUGGAUACUUACAAUGGAAUUGUAACAGAAAUGGGUCACAUGGCUACAGCGAUGAUAAACGCGAAACAUCCAGACAGUAAAUCAAUAGCUAGUAAACAGCAAGCGAUUGCUCAACAAAUGCGAGCACUUCAGAGGCUGGCUACCGCGCGACAACAGCGCCUCAUGGAGAGCAUGUAUCGGCACGAAUAUUUCCUUGAAAGUACAGAGUUGGAACAAUGGAUAAAGGAACAAGAACAGGCAGCAGCCUCCGAGGAUUACGGACAAGACUAUGAACAUUUGCUCGUGCUGCAAGCUAAAUUUGAUGAUUUCAAGCACAGAAUCGAAGCUGGAUCUGAGAGGUUCAAUCAGUGUGAGGAUUUGGCGAAAAAAUUGAUAGCCAAUGACAGUCCUUACAUUCAGGAUAUUGAGAAACGUCAAGAGCAGCUUGGAGAGAACGACGAUGACCCAGUGCAACAGGUUUUAAAGCAGCAUACUCUGAUACGAGAAUCGUGGCAGCAUCUACUAGGCUUAAUGCAGCAUCGCGAACAGCGUUUACAAGCCGCAGGAGAGAUUCAUCGGUUCCAUCGUGAUGUGGCAGAGGCUUUGUCUCGUAUUCAAGAGAAGGAUGCUGCUCUGCCAGAGGACUUAGGUCGAGACUUGAAUUCCGUUCUUGCUUUGAUCAGGCGCCACGAAGGAUUCGAGAAUGACCUUGUUGCUCUGGAAGCGCAGCUACAGGUCUUGGUUGAAGAUGCAUCAAGACUUCAAGUACUUUAUCCUGGCAAUAAUAGAUCUCAUAUCGAUCAGCAGCAACAAUUUGUUGUCGCUAAUUGGGAGCAACUACAAGAACGAUCUGCUCAUCGAAGAGACCAGCUGCAAGCCAGCUGCGAUUUGCAACGUUUCCUGACACAGGUUCGCGAUCUAAUGAGUUGGGCUGCUGGAUUACGUGCGACAAUGUCAACCGAAGAUAAAGUGCGGGAUGCGGCCAGUGCGCAAACUCUGAAGGCGGAACAUGAGGCUCUGAAGGGAGAAAUUGAAGCCCGAGAGGAUAGUUUCAGUGCAGUUCUGGAUCUUGGUGAAGCGAUGGUGCAAACUGGUCACUAUGCAGCACCGGAAGUAGAAGAGAAAUGUAAUCAACUGCUUGAGGAGCGUCAGAAAUUGCACACAGCUUGGCAGCAGAAGAAAGUGCAUCUAGAUCAACUGAUAGACCUACAUUUCUUCCUGAGAGAUGCAAAGCAGAUAGAUAAUUUGUCUGCAACUCAAGAAGCCGGGUUAAGCGGUGACAAUUUUGGUGUUUCAGUCGAAGAGGUUGACAACCAAGUCAAGAAACACAAUGAAUUUGAAAAACUGUUAGUUACCCAGGAGGAAAAACUGGGAGCGCUUCAAGAACAUGGAAGUAAAUUAUUGACCCAGAAUCAUUUUGACUCUCCUACAAUUUCUCAGAGAUUGAAUGAAGUUGUUCAGAAACGAGCAAAAGUUCGUGAUUUGUGUGACGUUAGGAGACAAAAAUUGGAAGCUAGCCUGCUUCACGCACAGUUCGUUAGAGAUGUUGGAGAAGCCGAGUCUUGGAUCGGUGAAAAGCAAAAGAAACUUGAAGCUGAAGCGUCAAAGGGCGAUGUUUCUAGUUUGGAGGAUAAGAUAAAGAAGCUACAGAAGCAUCAAGCCUUCCAAGCUGAAUUAUCCGCCAAUCAGGGUAGAAUUGAAGAAAUUAAGGGUAAGGGAGAAACGUUGCUUAGGCAGAGGCACCCGGCCAGUCAAGAAAUUCGAGAACAAUUGGAUCAUUUACUUGCGUCCUGGCGAAAGUUGUUACUUGAAUCAGAAAAUCGUGGACGUGGGCUUGAGGAGGCGCAGGAUAUCCUUGAGUUCAAUAAUCAAGUUGAGAAGAUUGAGGCUUGGAUUAGAGAUAAGGAAAUGAUGAUCCAGGCAGGUGACACUGGCAAAGAUUACGAGCAUUGCUUGAGUCUUCAAAGAAAAUUGGACGACGUUGACAGCGACAUGAGAGUGGACGACUCUAGGAUAAAAUCCAUAAAUGCGUUGGCCGACAAGCUCAUAAAGCAGGGACAAGACAGCGAAUCAAAAGCCGUUCAACAACGUCGGGAUAACUUCAAUAACAAAUGGAAGGGGUUGCAAGGAGCGUUGAGUGCAUACAGAGAAACUCUGGCUGGCGCUUUAGAAAUUCAUUUAUUCAAUCGAGACGUGGAUGAUACCAGUCAAAGAGUUUCUGAAAAAGCAGUAGCUAUGAAUACAACGGAUGUUGGUAAAGAUUUAUUGGCUGUUGAACAAUUGCAAAGAAAACAAGAAGCCAUGGAGCGAGAUAUGACUGCGAUUGAGGAGAAAUUGAAGGGUCACAAAGCAGAAGCAACACAACUGUCUCACAGAUAUCCGGAAAAUGCUGUAGCCAUAAACGCUACUUUGCAUGAUCUUCAAUCAAAUUGGGAUUCACUGCAGAAGUUGACGCAAAGACGUCGCGAGGCCUUGAAGGAGGCGUAUACACUGCACAAAUUCCAGGCUGAUUUACACGAGCUAGAAGUUUGGGUUGCUGAUACAAUUAAGCGUAUGAAUGAUUCUGAAGCUCCAACUACUAUUUCCGAGGCUGAGGCAUUGCUCGAACUACAUCAAGAAAGAAAAGCCGAAAUAGACGGAAGGCAGGAAACGUUCAAAGCUCUCAAAGAACAUGGCCUGCGGCUUCUGUCUGUUACCGAGGACGUCAAACCCAAUUUAGAAUACCUUGAAGACUUAAGACAAGGAUUGGCUGAUGCCUGGGACAGCCGGAGAAUGCGACUCACACAGGCGCAUCAAUUACAAUUGUUCAAAGAACAAGCUGAUCAGGCAGACAGUUGGUUAGCUACAAAGGAAGCGUUCCUGAACAAUGAUGAUCUAGGUGAAUCAUUAUCCGGGGUAGAAACCUUGGUCCGCAAGCAUGAAGAAUUUGAGAAAAUGCUGGGAUCACAGUUGGUCAGGAUAGAAGAACUUGAACGAUUUGCUGCUGAAAUUUUGGAGGAGCAACACUCAGAUGAGGAAGUUAUUAAGCAAAGGCUGAGAGCUGUCUGUGCGAGACGAGACAAAUUGAAGAACAGCGCAGCAGCAAGAAGAAAGAAGUUGUUUGAAAGUUAUCAGCUUCAGCAAUUCCUGAGAAACUUAUACGAAGUUGAAGGGUGGCUGCAUCAAAAGCAACAAGUUGCUAAUGACGAAAAUUAUCGAGAUUCCAGCAAUCUUCAAAGCAAAAUUCAAAAACAUGCAGCUUUUGAUAGUGAAUUAACAGCCAAUCGUGGAAGAGUUGGUGCCGUUGUUGGAGAAGGUGAGGUGCUCAUGGAAGAAAAUCACUAUGCUUCAAAAGAGAUACGUGAACGUGUAGAAGAGUUAGAAGCGGAAUGGAGACUAUUGCAAGAAACCAGCGAAUUGAAGAAAAAUCGUUUGAACGACGCUUAUCAAGCGCUGCUAUUCGGUCGUACAUUAGACGAGUUUGAAACAUGGAUAGAUGACAUUGAAACUCAGCUUCAGUCAGAGGAUCACGGAAAGGACUUAUCCAGCGUAGCCAAUUUGCUUAAAAGGCAUACAAAUUUGGAAAAUGAUGUGUUGGGACAUAACGAAGCAUGCGAAUCGAUCAAAGAAACUGCAUCUAGUUUCCAAAAGUCAAAUCACUUCAUGUCAGACGAAAUUCAGGACAGAGCUUUGGCUGCUAUUAACAGAUAUUACAGUCUCCAAGAACCUAUUCAAAUACGGAGGGAUAAUCUUGAAGACGCUAGGCUCUUGCAUCAGUUUGCGAGAGAUGUGGAAGACGAACUACACUGGUUAAGUGAGAAAGAACCACUAGCUUCGAGCACCGAUUUAGGCAACUCAUUGUCCACUGUCCAAAGACUCCAGAAAAAACAUCAGACUUUAGAAGCAGAGUUGAUUUCGAGAGACCCUGUAGUUUCCUCAUUGGUUAGUCGAGGUGCCGUUAUGAUCAGGAGCGGACAUUUUGCCUCUGAGAAGAUUGAAAAAUUAUCGCUAGAACUGCAAGAGAAGUUGGCUCACUUGAGGGAUCUGGCUAGUGUCAGAAAACUCAGAUUGCUCGACGCUGUUGAGUCACAAAUGUUCUAUGCCGAAGCGGCGGAAGCCGAACAAUGGAUAAAAGAAAAACGCCCACAACUGGCGUCACCAGAUUAUGGAAAAGAUGAGGAUUCCGUUCAAACGUUGUUAAAAAAACUUGAAGGAAUUGACCGUGAUUUACUGAGUUUCAAAAACACGAUUGACAACUUGCAAAAGCUUUCUAAAGGGUUGACCGACAGACAUCAUUUUGACAGUAAAAACAUAGCCCAGAAACAAACGGAGAUCGAAGCUAAAUUUGACGAGUUACAGAAGCUGAGUGAACUUAGAGCACAGCGGCUUCUGGAGAGCGAAAAGUUGUACAAGUUCAUUAGGGAAGCAGACGAAGUCAUCGAGUGGAUCGGGGAUCAAACAACAGUAGCCGCAUCUGAGGAUUACGGACGCGAUGUUGAGCAUGUUGAAUUGCUUAUUCAAAUUUUUGACAACUUUUUGGGUGGCCUAGGAACGAGUGAAGGCCGGGUGUCAUCGGUGAUAGAUGAAGGUCGCAAUUUGCUGGACGAGGACAAUCCGGAAGCUGGUAAAAUUCAUGCUAAAAUUGAUGAAAUCAAACAGCAAUGGGACGAUCUUAAGGAGCUGGCGCAUGCCAGGCAAGAGGCGUUGGCAGGAGCGAAACAAGUUCACAUGUUCGACAGAACUGCUGACGAAACUAUUUCUUGGAUACAAGAAAAAGAGGCCAGUUUAAGUUCAGAUGGAUACGGACACGAUUUGGAAACCAUUCAGGCGUUAGUCAGAAAACAUCAAGGUUUCGAAACAGAUUUAGCUGCAGUCAAAGAACAGGUCGAGUCUGUGAUGGCAGAAGCUUCGAGAUUGGCAGAACUGUUUCCAGACGCUCGUGAACAUAUAGCGGUGAAGCAUGAAGAAGCGGAAGAGUCGUGGAAUGACCUGUUAGAAAAGGCUGCCCAACGCAGAGGAAAGCUUGCUCAAGCUGAACAGCUGCAAGCCUACUUUGAUGAGUACAGAGACUUGAUGGCAUGGAUAAAUGAAAUGGUUGCUAAAGUGACAGCGCCUGAGCUUGCAAGGGAUGUGCCUGGAGCUGAAUCCCUGAUUUCAAGACACAACGAGUACAAAGCUGAGAUUGACACGCGACGAGAUGCGUUUGCCAAAUUUUCUAAAACCGGGAAAGACCUGAUUCAGCAGGGACAUUUCUUAGCCAAAGAGAUUGAGGAUAAAAUAUCUGUUCUCGAGCAGAGGAAGCAAUUACUCAAUGAUACCUGGGAGCAGAGAAAGCGUAUAUACGAACAGAAUUUAGAUACGCAAUUGUUUAAGAGAGAAGCUGAAAUGCUUGAGAACUGGAUAGUGAGCAGGGAGCCUAUGCUGCACGAUGGUAAAUUGGGAGAGACCAUUCCACAAGUUGAAGAUUUGAUAAGAAAACACGAAGAUUUCGAAAAGACAAUCGAAGCCCAGGAGGAAAAGUUCAGCGCGCUGAGGAGGAUUACGAUGCUUGAACAGGCAUUCCAAAAACAACAGGAGGCUGAACUUGCAGCGAGACAUGCUGAGAAAGAGAGAAUAGAAAAGGCUCGAAUUGAAGAGAGGAAACGCAAAGAGGUACAGAGGAUUACAGAGGAACGUAAACGAGAGGAAGAACGCAGACGUUUGUUAGACAGUCCUCACCGUGUAGCACAUCAAGAAUUGAAUGGAAAUUCCGAGCAACACGAGUCUAUAAAUAGUUCUGGAGAGCCAGAAUUUAAAGAUGUCAAACCUGAGCCGUCAUCGGACAGAUUGCGUCAGACUGAAAGCAGUUUCUUUAAGCCCAGGCUACCACCUCUAAAAAGUACAACCAUGGUAGAGCCUCCGGAGAAUGCGACUGUCCAAAAAUCUCACAGCAUAUCGCACAUGUUCGGCGACAGACUUAGAAGGAGUAACACUGACGUCAAGCGUGCUGAGAGCAUGAAAGUAGAUACAAAAAAACCUAAAAGAACUCCAAGCUUUACAACCAGGAGACGAACUCAAAGCUUUAGAAAACACCAGCGAAUGGAAAACUUGGACACUUUACCACCGGUUGAAAAACAAGGUCUCCUCGAAAGGAAACACGAGCUACAGAGCGCUGGUAAAAAGGCAGCUGUACGCUCUUGGAAGCAGUAUUAUACAGUACUUUGCGGUCAACUGCUAUGCUUCUUCAAAGAUACCGAAGACUUUUCAGCCAGCAAAGCGGCUACGGCACCGAUCACAAUUUUCAACGCCACUUGCGAAAGAGCCGAUGAUUAUACUAAGAAGAAAAACGUCUUCAGGCUAAAGUGUUCUGAUGGUUCAGAGUUUUUGUUCCUAGCACCAAACGCGCAGGAUCUAGAAGAAUGGGUUAACAAAAUUUCAUUCCAUGCUAAACUACCUCCAAGCUUACAAUUGUUGAGCUAUGACGAGUCCCAAAAGGAGGGCUUGGAUCGAUUGCAACAAUCAACACCAGAGAACGCUGACGACAAUGCGUCAACUGGUAGCAGUAGAGCAUCGACUCCUGAACUUGAGCGUAAAAAUUCUGUCAUCAAGCGAGACUUGUCGCAUCAACAAUCACCGGCAAAUAUUCAAACUGAAUUCCUACAGAUGCAUAGGCAGAAUCAGUAUCACGACCCACGGGGACCAGAUUUUAUAAUGAUGCAAAAAGCCUCUGAUACCCCAAAGACUCAAACGGAAUUCUUACAAAUGCAUAGACAACAACUACUUGCCCAACAACAUCAACUGAUACAACAUGAACAAGCUGCCAGUCAGAGGGAACAGUACAGUCCACAUUCAGUUGAUAAACCACCAAUUCCACCGAGGGGUGCUCCUCCUCCAAUACCUAUGCGAUCACCAAGUAUCGAUAACCCAGUUCAAAUGAGGCGCAACGACUUUGAGCCGUACGUGCAGCAAGGUAGACCACAGUCAUAUCAACCUCGAAAUACGAAUUCAAAUCAUAAUGGAUCAAGUCAGCAUCCGUCGAAUGACGGUUGGAGAAGGCAAAGCAGCAUAGAUGUUACCAUGCAGCAGCAGCAACAACAACAGCAAGAAGUAGCACCUCCCCUGCCAUCGACAGCCCCUCCGCCGACAAGAAUGGGCAAGUGGAACAACCAAAAUGAUCCCGCUUAUGGAAAUGUACCAAUACACGCAAGACAGGGAAGUCAACAAACGGUCAAUUCUUUUACCGGAAGACCAGCUUCGCUACCUCCUUAUGUAGCACCGCCACCAGCUGGAGGUCAAGGUGCACAGGGUUUAUCUGUCAUCGACAGUAGAAGAGCGUCGGAAAGUGGAUCGGAGAGUGAACAGAGUACAGGAAGUCGUAAGGAUAGAGAUAGCAAGCGCAGUUCUGUACUGAGUAACUUAUUCGGCAGAAGAAAGAAGCCAUCACAAUCGUAGCGAUUUGACGGAGAUAAGCGAAAAAAAUAAAAUAAAACAAGCCAAUGAGAAUGAAGAAAAAUCAGAAAUUAAUAAAUGAACAUGAGUUAUUCGAAAGAUUAUUUAAACGUGAACAAAACAAAUUCAUUCAUCAUUUCCAACAGUAAGUUAUAUGCAUCAAUAUUAUAAAUAUCAUGAACCGUUUUUCAUUAUUCUCUCGCCAAUUUGUAGAACGCACUUCUUUUUUAAAUGUUCUUCCUUGAUUCACAUAUUAUUGUUCAUCUAUUAUUUUGUGAGAGAAGAUGAACAGCUAUAUAGAGAAAGAUGAAGAGAGUAUUUAAUGCUUCUUAGAAAUGAGAAUAUCAGGCGUUAUUCUUCAACACGGAGAUUAAAUUUUUUGAGAUAGCGAUGAAAAUUCAAUAUUAUAGUAGCUAUUGAGGAACUCUCAUUGCGAUAUAGAAAUUUGUUUAUAAUGAUUUAAAUACCCUAUCAACUUUGAAAUAAAACGUGUUGCAUCAACGUCGAGUUAUGUAUUACAUUACAAAACUAAAAACAAAACUUCGUAUGAAUAGAGGUUGAUUUCAAUAUCUUGUCUCAAGGGUCAUAAUCAAUAAUCCUUAUGGUGUGUUUUGAAACGUACCUGACUUGAUAUCGAGCAAAGGAGUAAAUAAUGAGUAUAUUCAAUCGAAUUUACAGAAUUUGAAGACAUGUAUGUCAACGAUAAGUCUUCAUGAUAAUCAUUGUGAAGUUUAUAUGUGUACACAAUAAAAUAUACAAUUUAUGCAUAUAUAUACACAAUAUAAUAUAAUAUGUAGUAAAAGACUCGUUCCACGUACGUUCGUGGGCCUUGUACAUAUUGCCACAUUUCUUGAUUAUUCUAUCAGUUAUUUGUUGAAAACUCCAUAACAUUUAUUGUUAGUAGAGAAAAUUAUUAAUUUGCUACUUUCGACGGGGAAGUAACUGGAGGCGUUGAGUUCACAAUAUCUUAUGAUUCCUCUUGUUUGAGUCCUAUUUAAACUUUAUCAGGAACGACUUGAUUGUACGGUCACGUUUAAAUAGCAACGCCCAACACGAACGGACUAGAAAUCGCAGGUGAACAAUCCAUCUUCUGCAUUUUUAUAUUAUAGUGUGUAUAUAAAUAAUAUACAUGGAAUAUAGAUGUCAUAAUAUAUGCCAAAACUGUUAAAUAUGUAUUUGAGAACACCGAAUUGUAUUUUUGGGGCCAAUGUUUAUACACUGUAUUAAAUAAUAAACAUAACAUUUUUUUUUUUCUUUUCGAUUUUUGGUUUUCUUCUCUUGAAGAAUAAUAUUGCAUUUAUAUUAUACUUUCAGAGUUUACAUUAUAUUGAACAUAUAUUAUAUCAGUUGCUCCAGUUAAUUUAAAUUUGUAAAGUAUAUUAACGCUAUGUAUACAGAAAAUACAUUAUUAUAUUAUAUGAGUAAUAUUUUACAUCCAAGCAGUACUAGUGUGUAUGAUGUAGGUAUGUAGAAACAAGAUCAAAAUGUAAUAAAAUACAAUAAAAAUAUUUAGAAACUUGAAGUAAUAUA